UACAAUGAUGACGCAAAUUAUUGUUUCCGAUUGCUGUUAUCAUCAAUGGUUGCCGGUGACAUGCUCAUUUUACAUGCUUUACUCGUGAUAAUUUUGAUACCGUAUGAAAUAUCAUCUCUAGAAGUAGUCCGUACUGAUUUGAAUGGCAUAACAUGGGGUCAUGCCAGAGAUGCAUGCAAACCGUAUGGUUUGGAAAACAGAGAAGACAACCUACGGAGUAGUGGCAUUUGUGAUGAGAAGGAAUUUUGGAUAGGAAAGGCUAUCUACAGAGUACCAACACGAUGGUUUGAGAUUAUUGGGUGUUUUCAUAUUCCUGAAAUUCUGAUGCACUCUUUUCACUCAGAGGCAUCGAUUGGAUAUUGUAAACACAAAUGUGACUCUGAGAACAUGGGAAGCUACUUUGGUUACAGACAGAGGGUUCCGAACACCAAAACACAGAACUGUCUUUGCCAUCCUAAUGUAAUCAAUCAAAAACAGCAACUUGAUAUAAAAUAUUGCCUCAAUUCAACAAAUUUCUUCCUAUAUAGAGAAUAUCAAGAUACAGUGAGAAAAUCAUCAGACCCAGGAAACUGCACAACGAUAUGUUGUGGUUAUUGUGAUACGAAUACGGGGAAUGAUAAUCACUUGGAAGGAAGACGUUGCAGUUCAGUAAACACCACAAUAGUUGGGAGAUGUGGAACACGACCUAACGCAUCAUUUACAUGGGAACUAGAUUAUUUUGGAAGCUUGGAUUUUUGCAUGAGAAAAAACGAAUUACUUCCAUCUUCCAACUAUUGUCAACAAAGUGGGUCUAAAGGACAAAUUUCCUGGACCACUGUCUUUCGUGAAGAAAUUAGAGUUAUUAGAAUAAAAGAUUUCGAGGAAGAACCCGAACUCUGCUUUUCAGGAGUAUUUACCUCCGUUGAAGGACAAAACAAACUAAAUAUGAGAGUACAAGACUGCAGCAACAAAAUAAAAUGGUAUAUAUGCGAAUCGACAUCCUUGGUCAGUACACAGACAGUAUUAAGAAAUGGUCAAAGAGAAAAAGGAAAUAACUCUACAUUAACAGGUGCAGUGAUUGGCGGAAUUCUAGGUACAUGUUCUCUACUUACUGUAUCAGCUUUAUUGAUAGUUUGUAAAAUAAGGUCAAAGGGCAUCUUUAAAAAAUCUAACAAAUAUGAGAAGGGAGAAACUAGCAAAUUGCAUUUUUCAAAAACAACCAACCAAGGUUCAUCUAAUACAGCAGAUAGAAAGAGUACAUCACUAACGUCAAGGAAGAAAAAUGACCAUUGUGAAAUGGGUACAUCAAAAUAUUCCGUUGUGAAUAACUUAGAUAUACCGGAAAAUAUGAACGAGACCUAUACAGACGUAGCCGAUGGAGAAUAUGAUAUUUUACAUGAUAAACAAAAUCGACGAAUUUGUCCACAAGACAAUAUGUACUAUAGUCAUGGCGCAAAUCGAAAAGAAGAUGGCCUUACAUAUGAUAGCGCAGCCUUUGGGAAAGGAAAUUGUAAUGAUGGAAACGCAUUAUAUGACACGUCUUGUUCAGUGGUUAAAGGGGAAUAUUCAUAUAUGUCAUAUAAAAUCCAUGACAUCAACAUUACCACUGAUAUAUACGAUAAAUCAACAUAGCCAUGUUGAAUGGUUAUAAUAUUAACUCCUAUUGUCAAAUUUGUUUACAACUAUCUUAAUGAAGAGAUAGUAUCGAUCGGUAAUCAUCUUCAUUGAAGGCUAAACAAUAUAUUAUAAAAUCUGAUUUUUUAUUUACUAUAAUUUUUCCUCACCAAGAUGUCAGUUACAAAACAUUCUUAUUAAUUGACGACAAUCUUCCAAGUUAAAUUUUCUUUGGCAAUUGGGCAAUUCUAAAUCAAAGAGACAACAACUCGACCAAAGAGCAGAAUACAGCCCAAGGCCACCAAUGGGUCUUCAACAAAGUGAGAAAAUCCGACACCCGGAGGCGAACUUCAGCUGGCAAAUGCGACAACUAUCCACCAGAGACUCCAUAUUUCAUUUUGUCUGUAGUUUUGUGACAAUACUGAAUACGUCUAAAUUUAUCCUCCCUCUGUUUUACAUCUCUUUUUCUUUAUUUAAUUUUGUCUAAUCCGGUUGGUUAUUUCUAAUUAAAGUACAUUUCGACACCCUA